AAAGGGGGCGUGUCUUUCCUCCAACGCCUGGCAUAGGACACGGUGCACUCCUGUAUACUCCUCGCCAUGUCUUCCCUGCCGGAAGCCUCUGACGCGAACGGCCUACUGCAGCCAGGUCAGAUUAUCAGGCCUAUGCUGAAGAAAACGGAGGUUCCCGCUCUCGUCGCCAAGCUGUACGGUCUCACGGUCGUCUCCGUUAAGGAACUUAAUAGUUAUGAUGAUAAGAAUUAUUUCAUACAGGUCCAGCCCAAGAUUGACAAUCCCCACAUGACCGAUCUCUGCCCUCAUGGCUAUGUUGUCAAAGUCACGAAUUCCUUAGACAGCAAGAACACGGAGCUCAUGGCAGCCCAGAACGACAUGAUGCUGUUCUUGCACUCGCGGGGAAUCAACGUUCCUAAACCGGAGAAGAAUGUUCAUGGGACGUAUAUGAGGAGGGAGAAAAUGGAAGUUAAUGUGGACGAUUUCGUGCAGAAUAAUGCUGACGAAAGCCCCAGCGGAGAAUACAUGGUGAGAAUGCUGACCUUCGUGCCCGGCAAGAUCCUACAUCAGGUCAAGUACACGUCACAACUUUUCUACGAAUGCGGGGAACUCGCUGCCAAGAUGGACAAUGAGCUGAUGCCCUUCACAAUAACCACACUCACCAAAACAGCAAAGAACAUCCACUCCUGCCACGCUUCAUCUCACCAGCACAGCUCCAUGCACCCUCCAUCCCGAAAUCUGGAAGCUUGGAAUCAAAGGGUUGUGCCUCUCCUGCCGACGCUGGAUAGAGGCAUGAUCCACGGUGAUUUUAACGAACAAAACAUCAUCGUUGACUCCGCCCCCGAAGACCCGGAUGACUAUCACGUGACCGCCAUCAUCGACUUCGGAGACAUUCAGGAAUCGUGUUACAUCUUCGAAGUCGCCAUCACUAUAAUGUACCUGAUGAUCGAGGUGGACGAGAUGCCCCCCAAUGACGCCGGCGGGCACGUUUUGGCGGGGUAUUUGAAGCACAGGAGGCUGUCGGAAGCGGAAUGGGGGGUGUUGAGGGAAUGCGUGGCCGCCCGCUUCGCCCAGAGCCUCGUGAUGGGCGCCUACAGUUACGAGCAAGAUCCCGGGAACGAGUACCUCCUGACGACGGCGCGCAGGGGCUGGGACGUCCUGGCAACUUUCUGGUCCGCGCCGAAGGAGGAGGUCUUGGAGCGCUGGAGGGAGAUCAUCCGCUCGUACGAGAAGUAGGGCGGGCUGGGAGGGAGGCGCAGGCAGGCGUGGGUCGUGGGUGUGUGGGUGCGGGUGCGGGUGUGAUUGACGAGCAUUUACUCGCACCGAAGCGCAGGUGUGAUCGCCAAGGCACGCGCACACGAUGAUACGAAUACAGAAACAUUCACACAGAAAGAAACACAGACACAGACAUAAACACCGCCACAGAUACAGAUACAGACACGGGCACAGAUACAGGCACAGCCACAGACACAGACACAGGCACAGGCACAGGCACAGGC